UUUUCCUCCUUGUAGUGCCUCCUUGAACAAAACAGUAUAUGCCUCUACCUAUUGGUUGACAAUCAAUAUUAAUUUUGAGAGAAGAUGUGGUAUAAAUAGCAGUGAUUUUCUUGAAAUUAAAUUUCUGAAAUACAGACUUUAAAAACUAUUCUGAAGAGUUGCCACUUAAAGGGCAGGCUUUGAGGCAAGUUUUCUUUCCUCUUCCGUACAGUGUGGAUGUCAGCUUGAGUACUUUCACAAUCUGUUUUUAACCCACUGUCAUUUGCAUGGUGAACACUUAACUGCUAUUGGUCCAGAAAGGUGUUUGUGGGUUUUUUGUUGCUCUUAUUUCACUUCUUAUUUUCUUUAAAAUCAUUUCCUGAAAACUUAGUACAGAAAUGUAACCUACUGCAGCAAGUGAGAUGAUCUUCUGGAAAUCUUUACUUUUGCUUCACUCUGAGGAUAAUUUGCUUCAGGCAAGAGAUUUUUGGGUGCUGCUGAAAUUUCGGAGAUCUGGGAAAAUAGGGUAAUAACAUGACACCAGCUCUUAAGCAGCAACAUCUGCUGUGGUUCAAAGCCACACAAAGAAAGCUGCUUAAGCAGUUGAAUAUUUUGGACUGCACGGACAAGUGUGGUUCAACUGCAAAGACUGCAGAGUGGAGGAAACUUAAAGUUUAGAGAAGUUGUUUAAAAAUGGAGUCGUGGAAGAUGAGCAUCUUUAAGAGACAAACAUCACCUUGUCCUCCAAGCUAUCGAAGAUCUUUGUCAGAACCUGCUUAUGCAAAUUCAGAGAUAGGAACAAGCUUAAAGAAUUAUCCUUGGCGUGGUCCAGUGAAAAGCAAGAGGAAGAAAAAUGAACAUGCUGUUUCCAACCUAGGAAAGCCACUGGGUGCUUAUCGGUGGCAAACACAUCCCAGCUUUAGGUGGAAAGGGGGCAAAAGGGAGAGAUGGCAGACUAAUAAAGGAGACGUGGAUGAAGCACAACACAAGGUCGUGCCAAAGAUGGUUGGUAAUAAUGCCUCUUCCUCUGCUAAUGAGGUCCUUGGAACAUCAACAGAGAAGCUGAACCUGGUCAACACCCGGUCACUUCGGGUUCCAUUCACCAGAUCUAUUUCAGAGCCAGAACCCCGCUGCAGUAUCAGAUUUGGUAGACCGUGGCCGACUUCAGUGAGGUCAGAGGAGUCUGAGCAGCAGGGAUAUUUCAUCCGUGGCAUUUUUUCUACUCUUUCCAAUGGCUUCUCCAGGAUGCUGAGUUUAAGAGGAGAAUCAACCAAUGAGCCAGUAAGAGAAGAUGUGAAGGGGCCACCCACCCAUCGUCUGUCUUGCGGCCAGUCACCCUACACGGAAACGACAACGUGGGAGCGGAGGUACUGCAUCCUCACGGACAGCCAGCUGGUGCUGCUCAACAAGGAGAAGGAGAUACCUGUGGAGGGAGGACAGGAGCAGCAGACAGAUUCCACCAAAGGGCGAUGCCUGAGGAGAACCGUCAGUGUCCCUUCCGAGGGCCAGUUUCCUGAGUACCCACCAGAGGGCGCCACUAAACUGGAGGUGCCGGCAGAAAGGUCCCCCCGCAGACGGAGUAUCUCAGGGACCAGUACAUCAGAGAAACCCAACUCCAUGGACACUGUAAAUACCUCACCCUUCAAAGUACCAGGGUUCUUCAGCAAGCGCCUGAAAGGCUCCAUCAAGAGGACCAAAAGCCAAUCAAAGCUUGACAGAAACACGAGCUUUCGGCUUCCAUCCCUUCGUAACACGGAUGACAGGGCUCGUGGUCUGCCUAAACUGAAAGAGUCACGUUCCCAUGAGUCCUUGCUGAGCCCUUGCAGUGCAGUUGAGUGUCUGGAUCUUGGCAGAGGAGAGCCCGUGUCAGUGAAACCACUGCAUAGUAGCAUCCUUGGACAAGAUUUCUGCUUUGAGGUUACCUACUUAAGUGGAAGUAAAUGCUUCAGCUGUAACUCCGCUUCAGAGAGAGAUAAGUGGAUGGAAAACCUUCGUAGGACAGUUCAACCAAAUAAGGACAAUUGCAGACGAGCUGAAAAUGUUCUUCGUUUAUGGAUCAUUGAAGCCAAGGACCUUGCCCCUAAAAAGAAAUAUUUCUGUGAACUGUGCCUUGAUGAUACCCUCUUUGCUCGUACAACCAGCAAGACCAAAGCAGAUAAUAUUUUCUGGGGCGAACAUUUUGAAUUCUACAGCCUUCCACCUCUUCAUAGCAUCACAGUUCACAUUUAUAAAGAUGUGGAAAAAAAGAAAAAAAAAGACAAGAAUAAUUAUGUCGGGCUAGUCAACAUUCCCACUGCCAGUGUGACUGGUCGCCAGUUUGUAGAAAAGUGGUACCCAGUGAGUACCCCUACGCCCAACAAAGGAAAGACAGGCGGACCUUCUAUUCGGAUUAAAUCGCGGUUCCAAACUAUCACCAUUCUGCCUAUGGAGCAAUACAAAGAAUUUGCAGAAUUUGUCACCAGCAACUACACCAUGCUGUGCUCUGUCCUUGAACCAGUAAUUAGUGUGAGAAAUAAAGAGGAGUUGGCUUGUGCCUUAGUACACAUUCUUCAAAGUACCGGCAGAGCCAAGGAUUUUCUGACCGACUUGGUGAUGUCUGAGGUGGAUCGCUGUGGAGAGCAUGAUGUCUUGAUCUUCAGAGAGAACACCAUUGCCACCAAAUCCAUUGAGGAAUACCUCAAGUUGGUGGGACAACAGUAUCUUCAUGACGCAUUGGGGGAGUUCAUCAAAGCUCUGUACGAGUCAGAUGAGAACUGUGAGGUGGAGCCCAGCAGGUGUUCCUCUAGUGAACUGAUAGAGCAUCAGAGCAACCUGAAAAUGUGCUGUGAGCUGGCUUUCUGCAAGAUCAUCAACUCGUACUGUGUUUUCCCUCGUGAGUUGAAAGAAGUGUUUGCGUCAUGGAAGCAGCAGUGCCUGAACCGUGGCAAACAGGACAUCAGCGAGCGGCUCAUCAGUGCCUCGUUAUUUCUGCGUUUUCUGUGCCCAGCCAUUAUGUCUCCCAGUCUUUUCAACCUGAUGCAAGAGUAUCCUGAUGACCGCACGUCUCGGACUCUGACUCUAAUUGCCAAGGUCAUUCAGAACCUGGCUAACUUUGCCAAAUUUGGUAACAAAGAAGAAUACAUGGCAUUCAUGAAUGAUUUUUUAGAACAUGAAUGGGGUGGAAUGAAGCGCUUUCUUUUGGAGAUCUCUAAUCCGGACACCAUCUCGAACACGCCAGGCUUUGAUGGUUACAUUGAUCUGGGCCGAGAGCUUUCAGUUUUGCAUUCCUUACUGUGGGAAGUAGUUUCCCAACUUGAUAAGGGUGAAAAUUCCUUCCUACAGGCGACCGUGGCAAAAUUGGGACCUCUCCCUCGAGUUCUUGCUGAUAUUACCAAGUCUCUGACUAAUCCUACACCAAUACAACAGCAACUAAGACGCUUCACUGAGCAUAACUCCAGUCCAAAUGUCAGUGGAAGCCUCUCCUCUGGGCUGCAGAAAAUAUUCGAAGACCCCACUGACAGUGAUUUGCAUAAACUAAAAUCUCCAAGCCAGGACAACACUGAUAGCUACUUCAGAGGGAAAACAUUACUGCUGGUGCAGCAAGCGUCCUCCCAGAGCAUGACUUACUCUGAAAAGGAUGAGAAGGAAAGUAGCCUUCCUAACGGUCGGAGCAUCUCCCUCAUGGACCUUCAGGACACUCACGCUGCUCAGGUGGAGCAUGCGCCUGUCAUGCUCGAUGUGCCUAUGCGCUUAACUGGAAGCCAGCUUUCCAUAACCCAGGUGGCCAGCAUCAAACAACUGCGGGAAACCCAGAGCACUCCCCAGAGCGCACCCCAAGUGAGAAGGCCCCUGCACCCGGCCUUGAACCAGCCAGGCAGCCUCCAGCCCUUGUCAUUCCAGAACCCUGUCUAUCACCUCAAUAACCCAAUUCCGGCAAUGCCAAAGGCCUCUGUGGAUUCGAGUUUGGAGAACCUAAGCACUGCCAGUUCCAGAAGCCAAAGUAACAGUGAGGAUUUCAAACUCAGCGGGCCCAGCAAUAGCAGCAUGGAAGAUUUCACCAAACGCAGCACCCAGAGCGAGGAUUUCUCCAGGCGGCAUACUGUGCCAGACAGACACAUACCUCUUGCUCUGCCACGGCAGAAUAGUACCGGGCAGGCCCAGAUCCGGAAAAUGGACCAGGCUGGGUUAGGUGCCCGAGCCAAAGCCCCGCCAUCCCUGCCACAUAGUGCUUCCUUACGUAGCACGGGGAGCAUGUCGGUGGCCUCUGCAGCCCUCAUGGCCGAACCUGUGCAGAAUGGGAGCCGGUCCCGGCAGCAGUCUUUCUCCUCCAGAGAGAGCCCUGUUCCCAAAGUGAGAGCGAUCCAGAGACAACAAACACAGCAGGUUCAAUCACCUGUGGACUCUGCCACAAUGUCCCCAGUAGAGAGGACAGCAGCCUGGGUUCUGAACAAUGGACAAUAUGAAGAGGAUGUGGAAGAAACUGAGCAAAAUCAAGAUGAAUCCAAGCACGCUGAGAAGUACGAGCAGGAAAUCACGAAGCUGAAGGAGCGCCUGCGAGUGUCCAGCCGGCGGCUGGAGGAGUAUGAACGCCGCUUGCUGGUGCAGGAGCAGCAGAUGCAGAAGCUGCUGCUGGAGUACAAGGCGCGGCUGGAGGACAGCGAGGAGCGCCUGCGCAGGCAGCAGGAGGAGAAGGACAGCCAGAUGAAAAGCAUCAUCAGCAGGCUCAUGGCUGUGGAAGAGGAACUGAAGAAGGACCACGCUGAGAUGCAAGCCGUUAUUGAUGCAAAGCAAAAAAUAAUUGAUGCACAGGAAAAACGGAUCGUGUCCCUGGAUUCGGCCAACACCAGACUGAUGAGCGCACUGACCCAAGUGAAGGAGCGAUACAGUGUGCAGGUCCGCAAUGGCAUCUCCCCCACCAACCCCACCAAGCUUUCCAUCACGGAGAAUGGUGAAUUCAAAAACAGCAGCUGCUGACGGGCUCUGUGAAUAGACAGACUGUGGGAGGAGACAGAAGGAAAUCUCCCCGCUCUCCUGUCCCCAGUCCUUUCCCCAACCCCGCCAGGUUUACAGAAUGUUGCUACUUCAAAACAGCAGAUGGCGAGAAACUCUUGAAUGAAGAAGGAACCUUGUCUUUCAGGGCAGAAGGCUAAGCCUUCCAAGGUCGACGCUUUCCCCCCAUGUCUCUUGUGUACAUAGGGAAUUUAGUUCUGGGCCAUGUACAGAAAAUACCACUGUAAUAUACCAAAAGGAAGUUAAUAAUGUAGAUUACCUUUUUAAUUAUUACUAUUUUUAUUAUUGUUUUCCUCUUGUUGAAAGCACUGCAGUUGUUAGAGGAGGAAAAAGUAGGAACGAUGUGUGAGUGAGAAAUGAGCCCAGGGGCUCAGUAGGUAGAGACCAAGUGUCUAUCUGAUAGACAUAGGAUAUCGUCAGAAUGGAUUUUUCAGGGAUUCCCCUGCCAGUCUAAAAACCCCACUCUGGCCCCCUUGUCCUGUAGGAGAACAUGCAAAUACCAAGAACCAAACAAAACAAUUUAUCCCAUUGGCCAACCCAAGACUGGUUCCGGACGGACGGCUAAUCUGAUUUGGGAAUGCGAGGUCUCGGAAAACACAGAUAAGAGCUGUGGCAUCAAAACAGGACUUUAGGAGUGAUUUCUAUUGAACUCCUGUUGAUGUUUAUUUCCUUCUGCCUAGAGCAGAUGGGAAUUUUCCACUUUAGAUAGGGGGCUUUUUUUUAACUCCAGUUGUAAUAAAGGGUGUUCUUUUUUUCCUCUUUAGAGUUUACAGAACUAUAAAUAUUCGUGUCUCUGCAUACUGUCUCCAUCUGCACCACCCACUGCCCUCUCCUCCCCAUGGUGGGAGCAGUCAUCACAACAGGGUUUACUCUCCCCUGGAGAGGUUGUCCAAAUAUGCUGUCCAUAAGCCAUCCAAAAGAAACACCCUUUCUUCCACACAGAAAAGGGCUAAUCAUACCAUAGCAGGAAUCUCUGACUAUUUCCUAUUAAAAGACAAAAACGAAAAAACA